AUUAUACAUUCAAAAAUCUUCUUUUUGAAGCAAAAAUAUUGUAUCCGCCUUAUAGUUUACACUCCGUUAGCUUCCAGAUUUUUCAUUUUUUAGCAAUAAUCCCCCGUCAGAUUCAUUUUUUCAUCAAAGUUCUUUGGUGUUUAAGCUAUAGAGGGUAUUUCGAAUUAUGGGUUUUGUUUAAAAUCUAUGAUAAGCAAUGGGGAAUGAGCAGACGAAUUCCAAAACAGGAAAAAUUGGGGUUGAGGCUAAUCUUCCCAUUUCUCUUCUUUAUGUUAUGCUCAAAUAUGUGAAACUUGGUUACCAUUACUUAUUCUCACAUGCUAUAUAUCUCUUGAUAUUUCUUCCACUCUGGAUCAUUUCUCCGAAGGAUUUGUUCCUUCAAUGGAAGCAGCUGAAAUUCAAUCUUGUCACCAUUGUUGUAUGUUCUGUUCUAAUGGUUUUGUUGGGCAUAUUUUAUUUCAUUACAAGACCGAGGAAGGUCUACUUGAUGGAUUUUGCGUGUUUCAAGCCUAAACCAGAACUUAUGUGCAGUAAAGAAUUUUUCAUGGAGACAUCAAGACAGGCCGAUAUUUUUACCAAAGAAAAUUUGAGUUUUCAGAAGAAAAUCUUGGAAAGAUCAGGAAUAGGACAGAAGUCAUAUAUUUCGGAAUCCCUUUUCCGCAUGCCUUUGAAUCUGUGUAUAUCUGAAGCGAUAAAGGAGGCUGAAAUGGUAAUGUUUGGUGCAAUCGAUGAUCUUUUUUCUAAGACAGCAGUGAAGGCUGAGGAUAUUGGGAUUCUUGUGGUGAAUUGCAGUUUGUUCAGUCCAACACCAUCACUUUCUGCUAUGGUAGUGAAUCAUUACAAGCUUCGGUGCAAUAUUCUGAGCUAUAAUCUUGGUGGAAUGGGAUGCAGUGCUGGAUUGAUCUCUAUUGAUCUUGCCAAACAACUUUUACAGGUGCAUCCCAACUCCUAUGCAUUGGUAGUGACCAUGGAGAACAUGACACUGAAUUGGUAUAUUGGCAACAAUCGACCAAUGCUCGUCACAAAUUGCUUAUUCAGGAUGGGUGGUGCUGCCAUCCUCUUGUCCAACAAGUCGUCUGAUCGUCGACAUUCAAAAUAUCAUUUAAUCCACACUGUCCGUACACACAAAGGAGCCAAUGAAAAAAGCUAUGGCUGCGUAUUGCAAGAAGAAGAUGAUAUAAAGAAAAUCGGAGUGUCAUUGUCUAAAGACUUAAUGGCAGUUGCUGGAGAGUCCUUAAAAACAAAUAUUACAACCCUAGGACCAUUAGUCCUUCCGGUGUCGGAACAGUUAUUAUUUUUUGUAACCUUAGUCGCCAGUAAGGUAUUGAAAAUGAAAAUUCGUCCUUAUGUCCCGGAUUUUAAGCUCGCGAUCGAGCACUUCUGCAUUCAUGCAGGAGGAAGAGCCGUGUUGGAUGAACUGGAGAAGAAUCUGGAACUUUCCGAGUGGCAUAUGGAGCCAUCAAGAAUGACACUUCACAGAUUUGGGAAUACUUCUAGCAGUUCAUUGUGGUAUGAAUUGGCGUAUUCAGAGGCCAAGGGGAGGAUUCGAAGAGGGGAUAGAACUUGGCAAAUUGCAUUUGGAUCAGGGUUUAAAUGUAACAGUGCAGUGUGGCGUGCAUUGAGGACCAUUGAUCCGGCUAAGGAGAAGAACCCAUGGAUGGAAGAGAUUAAUGAUUUUCCAGUUGAGGUUCCAAGGGUGGCAGCCAUUAAUAAUUGAGGAAAUUG